GCACAUUGCUGAAAGAGGGAAACUCACAUACAUUACGGAAAAAGCUGAUCCUCCCACUGUAUCAAACAAAGGCUAUGAAAAAUGGCAAGCUGAAAAUUAGAAAGUGAAACGUUGACUUUUAAUGUCCAUGUCUCCUGAUAUCAUGAGCCGAUAUCUUCGUAUACCAACUCCUCGUGAAAUUUGGAGUAGUCUUUCCAAGACUUUCUAUGAUGGUAAUGAUGAGAUGCAUGUCUAUACUUUGAAUUUGAAAUAUUUCAAGAGAUCAUCGAGAUACAGUGGCUAUGAAGUAUCCUACUGAUGUUACGACAUACCAGAAGUCCAUUGAGCGACUUCGAGUUCACAUAUUUCUUGCAGAACUAGAUAAAAGUUUUGACUAUCUUCGACGUGAGAUUCUGCGACAAACACCUCGACCAAUUUUAGAAGAGUGUUAUGCCAUGGUUCGUCGCGAAGACUUACGGUCCACAACUUUCAAUGAAGAGAAUACCAAAACUGAAGCUUUCGCAAUGCUCUCUCAUUGGCAGCCCACCAACUCAAAGAAGUCCACUGUUGAUAAAGCCUCAUUAAAAUGUACUCACUGCAAUCAAACAGGCCAUACAAAAAAUCGUUUCUUUGAGUUAAUUGGAUAUCCAGAUUGGUGGGAUCCAACGGGACAUCGAAAUGCUAGGAGACCAUCUACAAUAGCAAUUUCCCAAACAAAAGAAGAUGUUGGUCCAUCUACGUCAUCAACACUAACUACCACCACUGAAGAAGACUGAGCAAACGAUUGGUUAUGGUAUUAAGAAAAUGAUGUUGUAUUACUUGGAUCUGAAGUCAACAAAUUGUGUCAAGCUACAACAGGCUUUCAUCGUCAAUAGUACCAAGAAAACAACUGAGAUUUGGCUUUGGCAUUGAUGUUUAAAGCAUGCCUUUUUUGGAUACUUAAAACGUCUGUUUCCUACUUUGUUUACUGAUUUGGAUAUUUCUACUUUCAAAUGUGAUGUUUGUGAACUUGCUAAAAGCUAUCGUGCUUUAUUUCCUUUGAUUUUAAAUAAAAGUCCAAAUCCAUUUAUGAUUA